GAAGCUCACCAAGAGUUCCAGUUAAAGCUGAUUCUUUUUUAGAUCUGUGACAAGUUCGUACUCUGUGUUUUACAGGGUGAACGCCUGCUUGGUUUUGGAUGAUACUCGCACGCCCUGACGGCUCUUCGCACUAAAGAUCUUCUCUGAGACUGUGGGGUCCUGCUGCCACUGCAGUGUUUGAACUAUCCAGCUCAUUUUUGGCCAUACCACAUCCUGUUCAACUAGACAGCACUUCAACAUGGUCGCCAUAGCGCACUGCCACAGCCUCAAGUAGAAGAGCGGGGUAAACUCUGCAAGGUGACCGGAGCAGGAUUUCUCUGGGCAGUUGGGGCUAGCUGAGCAGUCAUGGCAGAUAAGGUGCCGACUUUGUCUUACUUCUAUGGCAACAUCACUCGUGAGGAGGCAGAGGACUACCUCAGACAGGCGGGCAUGAGUGAUGGCCUCUACCUGCUGCGCCAGAGCAGGAACUACCUGGGAGGCUUCGCUCUGUCAGUGGCCUAUAACCGCCAGUGCUACCACUACACCAUUGAGAGGGAGAUGAACGACACCUACGCCAUUGCAGGCGGGAAAUCACACCGAAACCCAAUAGAUGUGAUUGAUUAUCAUGCUCAGGAGUCAGACGGGCUCAUCUGCCUGCUGAAAAAACCCUGCAACCGGCCCCGCGGCGUGGAGCCCAAAGUGGGAGCCUUUGAGGACCUGAAGGAGCAGCUUAUUAGGCAGUAUGUCAAACAGACCUGGAACCUGCAGGGUGCUGCACUGGAGCAGGCUAUCAUCAGUCAGAGGCCGCAGUUGGAGAAGCUAAUUGCAACCACAGCGCAUGAGAAGAUGCCCUGGUUCCAUGGCAGUAUUUCACGCGAAGAGUCGGAGCUACGCUUACACAACAGCGCGCGCGUCAACGGCAAGUUUCUAAUACGCCAGCGAGACACCAAUGGCUCCUUUGCACUCGGUCUUUUACAUAGUGGUCAGGUCAUGCACUAUCGCAUCGACAGGGACAAAGCUGGCAAACUCUCCAUUCCUGAUGGGAAGAAGUUUGACACACUUUGGCAGCUGGUGGAGCAUUAUUCCUACAAACCUGACGGCUUGCUGAGAGUGCUAACAGAAGCCUGCCCACACCCUGACGGCCGACCUGCGAUUCCUUUGAAUCAUCCAGGGCGGGGUCCUGCAAGUGGAAUUCUCUCCAGACUCAAAUCCUACUCCUUCCCCAAACCUGGCCAGAAAAAGCAAAGAAGCUCUUCAAGCCCCCCACCAUACAGUACUGAGAGCAAUGCUAAUCCGUAUGAAAAGCCAAAAGCUGGUACAGAUAUGCCCAUGGACACGGAGGUGUACGAGAGUCCAUACGCUGACCCUGAUGAACUGCGCACCACCACAGUGGACCGCAAGCAGCUGUUCCUAGAAGAUGGGGAACUCGGCUCGGGCAACUUUGGGACAGUUCUCAGAGGCAUCUACAAGAUGAGGAAAAAAGAGAAACCAGUGGCAGUGAAGAUCCUGAAGAAUGAGGAGAACAAUGAGGCGAUAAAGCAGGACAUGCUGCGUGAGGCUGAGGUCAUGCAGCAGCUGGACAACCCUUACAUCGUUCGCAUGAUCGGCAUCUGUGAGGCUGAGAACCUGAUGCUGGUGAUGGAGCUGGCUGAGCUGGGUCCACUGCACAAGUUCCUGCAAAAGAACAAACAUGUCUCCAUGAAGAACAUCACAGAGCUUGUGCAUCAGGUGUCUAUGGGGAUGAAGUACCUGGAGGAGCACAACUUUGUUCACAGAGAUCUGGCAGCCAGAAACGUCCUUUUAGUCACACAGCACUACGCCAAGAUCAGCGACUUCGGCCUGUCCAAGGCCCUUGAGGACUCUGACUGUUACAAGUCCAAAGGUGUCGGUAAGUGGCCUGUGAAGUGGUAUGCUCCAGAAUGCAUGAACUUCUUCAAGUUCUCCUGUAAGAGUGACGUGUGGAGCUUCGGGGUUCUGAUGUGGGAGGCGUACUCAUACGGACAGAAGCCAUACAAGGGGAUGAAGGGUAAUGAAGUGAUCCAGAUGAUUGAGAGCGGGGAGAGAAUGGCUGCUCCAGCCAACUGCCCACCUGAGAUGUAUGACCUAAUGAAGAAAUGCUGGACAUACAAGGUGGAUCAGAGGCCUGGCUUUGUUGUGGUUGAGCCCAGAUUGAGACAGUACUAUUACGAUAUUUCUCACUGAUCAGCGCAUAUGCUGGAAGAUGACCUGGAGCUGUUUGUACAAGGAGUUUAAAUCAUUUCUGAUUUCAGGCCCAACAUUAAUUAUGCUUGAAAAGUCUGACAGAGUUGAAAUCCGAGUUGAAAAAAGAGUGGAUGUGAGAGCUAACAAGUCUGAAUACUCCUCUCAUUAUUUAAAUGCAAGCUUGUUCAAAAAUGUUUCGAGCCAAAGUUUUGAUCGGCAAAUGCUUGUCUUGACAGUUUUCCUACAGCAGUAUGUUAUUUGUAAUAUCAAUUUCUGUUGUAUAAUUUUUCUACAUUUUUACUGAUAUGCUUAGCAAUACGAUGCAGUAUGAUAGAGUAAUGAAUUCUUAAAAUCUGAAUGUUGUCCUUUGGUUUUAGCUGUCUAAGUGUAAGCAGAAAUAAAGUUGAAAGAGUAGAAUGAGCUUAAGGCAGGUAAUCAGCUGAAUCUUCAGCUGCAAAAGCAAUAGUAUAUUGAAAGGCCACCAGCAGCAGGCAGGGAUGCUUUUUAUUGUAUCUUAAACUUACUGCCACAGUAUUUUCAGCUGUAAUUAGCAACACUUUAUUUGACUAUAGUUAUAACACAUUCAUGAUUCAAGACACAGAUAUUCAUAUUCAGAUGCAGGAGUAACCAGCUAAUGGCUACUAAUACUAAUAAUGGCAGUCCAAAAAUACUGAGAGCAGACGGAUUCUAAUUGGCCUACAGAAAGCUUCCCUACUUAUGUUCCUGCAGUUAUUUCAUUUUUAGUAAUACUGCAAAGAUUACAUUUUGCAGCUUUUAGUUUUUGAUUACUUUCUGAAUUUUCUCAAAAGUUUGAAAAUAGGAACAAAAACAUUUUGUAUCCUUUAUUGGUUUUGCAAUCAGUAUUUUUACUCUAUAUGCAGAAAUUUACUGUCUGUGUUUUUGUUGCGAGCCCCAGUUAAAGUGCUUCCUGAUACCAGUGAGAAUGAAAUGGAAAUACUUUCAGAUCCUUCCCUUCUUCUUCCGGCUUCCGUCUCUUUUAUCUUCACUCAGACUGGCUGAAUGGGCUAGCAUGUCUUACCAGGCUUCAACACAUUUUCCGGUCUUCCUUGCUCUUGUAUGACAGAAUGUGAAUGCAAAAUUGUGAUGCAUUUUGUUGGCCUAUGCAUAAGCAGUUCUUCCAAUGAAUAAAUAAAAGAGGUAUUUUAAAACA